GCCGUCGUCUGGGUUGUAACGCCAUGUAAGUGCAAAAAGGUUAAAAAUGUUGGCAAAAUUGUGUUUUAAGGGUUAUUUGCCACGUCGCAUAGGUUACCUGCCUGUAUGAUUAAUGGUUUUGGACCCGGAAGGCUUGGUAGAGGUCACGUUUAACCUUCCCCCACUAUGUAAGAUCCAUGAGUUAUGACGGAUGUUUUGUUUUUAUCUGUGGCAACUUUCCAUGCAGUUUCAAUCAACUAUUAAAAGAGAGCGCGCAAAUAAAUUCAGUCAGGCCCCGGGGUUAGUAUGCAGUUUGUGUUGCGUGGAAAAGUGUAAGGUUGUUACGGGUUUUAUAUUAGAAGAACAGGUUCUUUUUGUCCUAAAGAAGUACCGUAUAUGCAUACUGACCUUUUCAAUUAUUUCAUAAUGUCAUAUACUGAAGAUUACAUCAAGUCAAAAUUGCAAAAGGAGCUUGAAGCAACUCAUAUUGAAGUUCAUGAUGAAUCUGAUGGUUGUGGGGCAAAGUUUAGUGUCCUCAUUGUGUCAGAGAAGUUUGAAGGGAAGCCUCUGCUGCAGAGACACAGGUAGAUACAAGUGUUUGGAGGUGAAGCCUAAUGUCUGAGGGAAAACUAAUAGUUACUAAUCCUGUCAAGAAAUUUUUAACCUUUACGGAACCUGAAAAUUUAUUACUGUUGUCACAGUAACUGGCAUGAGAGCCUUUGAAAUUGAAUCUUGUCUAAAUAAUAUUUAAGAAUUCAGUCCAUACCACAAAGAAAACGCAACUUCACCAUUAGAAGACCAGCUAGUUAGAGAUUGGUUAACUCCGUAUUAGAAGAGGAACUGAAGACUAUUCAUGCCUUCUCUCAGAAAACAUUUACAACACAACAGUGGGAAAAACUAAAGAAUGCUUAACUAAGGCAGAAUCUUUAGUUACUAUAACAUCAGUUUCAUAAUUUAUUUAAAGGAUAUAUUUAUCACAUUAAUGCAUGGCACUGACUAUAACAGUAAGGUUAUAAAAAGUCACAUCGUAUCAUUUAUUCUGAAGCGAAGUUCAGAGAAAUCUUGAUCAUUGUCAAAUAGUUAGACAAGAUGGUACCAGUCAAACAUCCUCUGGCUUUCACAGUUUCAGCACCUGGGAAGGUUAUUCUCCAUGGUGAGCAUUCAGUAGUUCAUGGUAAGACAGCAUUAGCUGCAAGUUUAAAUCUCCGCACAAAAGUUACACUCAAAGAAACAGACAGUAUUGAUGGGAACAUUAGCCUCGAUUUGCCAAAUAUCGAUUUGAAACAUGUCUACGCUGUUCUGGAGUUAAACAAUGUUUUCCUUUCUAAGCUACCACCACUGCUAAACGGUUCCCAAUGUGAUUUUAAUCUCUGUAAUCCAGAGCUCAUCAAUACCAGGAAGUUCAUAGAAACAUUGCGUGAAUACGUUCUGAAAUCCUUGAAAUUGGAACAGCUCCCAUUUCAACAAGAAUGUGCACUUAUUACCUUUUUAUUCCUGUACACAGGAAUAUUUUGUAGUGUGAAUAUUCAGAUACAGCCAUUCAUCAUAGAAGUCGUCUCAGACUUGGCUGUCGGUUCUGGUGCUGGAAGUUCUGCAGCUUUCUCUGUCUGUCUCUCUGCUGUAUUAAUUCAUUACAUCCGUUCUAAGAUAUCUCUCAGUGGCAUUACUAGCAAAAAUAUUUCAAAGGAAGGUUAUAAAGAUAUGGAAAUGACAGUUGAUGAUUUAACCAUGUUUUCUGCAAAAGAAAAAGAAUUGAUUUCCCGCUGGUCCCUGAUAGGUGAGAAGAUAAUGCACGGGAAUCCUUCUGGAAUUGAUAAUGUUGUAUGCACCUUUGGUUCAAUUGUAAAGUUCAGGAAGGGGGCAGAGGGACAGGGUCCACUCUUAGAACGUGUACAAGGAACAGCAAAGUUGAAGAUUCUUCUGGUAGACAGCGGAGUGAGAAGAGAUACUGCUGGGAUGGUAGCUAAAGUGUCGGAGCGUCUAAAGCACUACCCAGAAGUGGUGCAGUCGACACUGGAUGCCAUGGACGGCAUUGCUAUAGCUGCUGCAGACAUAUUAACGCAGCUUGGAGAGUCAGAUGCCAAAAAUGACGAUGCACUUGAACAACAGAAUUCUCUUCAUACAAAACUGGAGGAAUUGGUGGAUAUGAACCAAGCACUUCUGAAAGCUUUGGGUGUGUCACAUCCAUCACUAGAUCGCAUCUGCAGUACCGUCUCGAAGUGUGGCCUCCAUGCGAAACUGACAGGAGCUGGUGGGGGCGGUUAUGCUUUUAUCUUGCUUCCAGUUUGUUCGAGUAAACAGACAAAAGUACAGCAAGUGAAGUUGCGGCUGCAACAAAAGGGAUUUGUCUGCACUGAAACAGAACUGGGAAGUGCCGGUGUAACUGUCUCAAACUUAAUUUAAUAAGGAGUGUGUUGAUUUUUGCUGGUGGUGGGCAUGCUUUUUCUUAUUAUGUAGAUCAAGACUUGUACUGAGCAGAUCAAAUUGUUUAAUCUUUUAACUGCCAUUUGGGCUAUAUUAUCUGCACACAAGAGGUAUUAAAGAUUAAUAUGAAGUGUUUGUUUUAAAGUGUUAACAACAUGCUCUUUAUAAAAUAAAAGUUUUAAGUGUUUCAUAAUAGUAGUGAAUUUUUGUGGCUUGGAAAAAACAGUGUAAACAUUCCUGGUAUAUGAGUCCUUUGUUAAUGAUGUCCAGAAGAAUUACAGCCUCUCUUCAUUGGUAUUGUACAUUCAGUUAAAACGUUCCCCACACAUGUUAGAAGGCAACAGUUGAUAUCAGCAGACUAAUUUUACUUUAUGUCACGAGGAAUCAUCCUUCUGCUUGCUGGAUCUAUUUUCUCCAGCAAAAAUGCUUCUCUUACAGAAGUUACAUUUUCAGGAAGACAUCAAAGCCACAAGAGCUCAUAUACAUUAUAUGUGAUAAGUAUUCAGAGUUUUAUAUGUUGUGAGUAAAUAUAAUCCUUAUAGAUGGUC